GAACGUCCACCCUGAAACUUGAAUGUCCAGACUAGACUGGAAGUGGUGAUUGGGAUGAAUGAAGCCUGUAGCAGCACAUUAGACACAGACCCAGCUACCCUUUCUGGCAGCCAUGGCCAGGUAUCUCAAGAGAAGGUGGAGAGGGCUAAAAAGAACAAGGAGAGAGCAUUGAAGCUUAGGGAGGCACGAAAUCGGGCACAGCCAUACACCAAGUCUCUGCCCAACACCAAAUCAGCAGAUAGUAGGGGCCAUGGGGCAGCCACUCCCAUGAUCCAUAUGAAAACACACAGUAGUGCUCCCAGCAUCAGAGACAGCCAUGCUGGUUAUAUUAUUGAGGAGGGACCUGUCGAGCGUGCUCCUGUGUACAGAGUUGCUGAGGAAAGCGUGCCAGCGCUGCCUGAUGCAUUGCUAGUGUGCUCCGAGUGUGGCAAGAAGUUUGCCGAGUCUUACCUCUACACCAAGUUCCAGCUGAUCACUUGUGACAAAUGUAGGGACCCAGAGGGAAAGCAUGCCCUGCUCACCAAGACUGAAGCCAAGCAGAGAUAUCUCCUGAAGGACUGUGAUUUUGAAGAACGGAAUGGUCCGCCACUACCAUUCCUACUUAAGAAGAAUCCUCACUCCAGUGGAUGGGGGGAGAUGAAACUGUAUUCUCUCUGUCAGGUUCAGGCUCGAUCACAUGCUGUGUGGGGUGGUGAGGAGGGUCUCGAAGCAGAGCGUCUUAACAAGGCAGAGAGGAGAGAAAAGAGGGUAGAGAGAAAGUAUACUAAGGAUAUUAAAGAUUUGCGAAGAGCAGUGCGGUCCAGUCUGAUAAAGCCGUCCUCCUCCAGUCACACUCACACCUUCCCAUCUGGUCAAGAAGUUCACAAUCCUGACGAUGAUACAUGGACUAAAACGUGUUCUGAUUGUGGUUACCAAGUAAUUUUUGAGAAAAUGUGACAAUAUAAUUGCCUUUGUGUCUACACUAGUCCCUCUGUUAUUAGAUCAGGAUCAUUUCCUUCAUUAUUUUGUUCUAUCCUUCACAACUAACUCGAGUUUCCUUUGAACAUUCAUACAGUAAAACUAAUGUACAGUAUAACGCCAAAUUUUCACUGAUUGAUCUGAAUCUCAAAAUUAUGCGCCUUGAAAUUUUAUAUUUCCUACUUCCGGCAGUGUAAGGGGGAUAUCUCAAAAAUAAUAAAUGUUUAUUUUAAACAA